AUGGUUCGGCAAUAUACAUUUAUUUUUGUGAUAUUUUUCUUCUUUUAUUUUUUUUUUAAUUUUUCGAUACCAUACCAACACAAAUACAUACUAAUUACUGUUUUUUUUUUUAAAAAAAAAACACACACAAAAAUAAGUUUUAGAAUUCAAGAUAUUUUUUUUUUUUUUUUUUUUUUUUCACUGUUGUUUUUUAUUUUUAUUUUGGUUUUUUAUUUUAAUUUUUUUAUUUUUUAUUUUUACUGGUUAACCAUGAAAUCAUUAUUUCUUUUAUUAUUUUUAUUUUUAUCUUUUGCAAAUGUUUUUUCAAUCACAACAGAAGAAUAUGAUUGUUUAUUAAAAUUGGUAACAAAAUUAGAAGUUUUAUCACAAUUUCCACAAACUUUAAAUGGAAAUACAGAAUAUGAUUUUUGUUCAACUUCUAAUUUGACAUGUGGAACCCAAAAUGGAGUUAGAUUUAUGAAUUUAUAUCAAAAUGAAUCAUCAACCAAUAUAAUGAAUUAUUCAGAUAUUUCAUGUGUAGAAAUAGGUGUUGUAGAGUUUGGUAGAUGGAAUCUUUCACCAAAUUUUUUUAAUUUUACAAAUAGAUUACCCACAGUAUCUUGUUAUGAUUGUGAAAUUACAGAGAUAAAUUCAAAAGUAAAUUCAGAUUACUUAAUCAUUAAAUUAAAUAAACCAAUUUAUAAAAAAAUUUUAUUGUCAAAUAUAAUCAAUUGUAUAAAUGCAGAAUUUCACUCAUCAAAUGGAGACCCAUUUAAUUCAGUGGAAAUUGAAAAUGAUCUUCCAAAUUCAACUCUACAAUCAUAUAAUCAAUUUGUUUUGGGUGGGGUAGUUAGAAAAAUUCCAGAUUUAUCAAAUGUACAAUUUCAAAUUGUACAAUAUUAUAUUGGAGAACCUUUUGAUUUAAACUCUUUAAAAAAUUUAUCAACACAUACUUUUAUAAAUCGGGUAUCAAUGUUACCAACUAAUUCUUCAUUUGGUCCAUUUCCAUUCCCUAUUGAUAUUGAAAGAUUAAAUCCAACAAAUAGAACUGAUGUAUUACCCCAUAAAUAUUUUGCUUCAGAUUUAGCUUUUCAAAAACCAGAUGAUUAUUUAGAUCUUAAUAGUUCAAAAUCUGGAUCAGAACAAAUAGUUUUUAUUUUUAGAUAUUUAGGAAAAGUUGGACCACAUUUUAAUAUUGAUGGAAAUUUACCAUUUAAAUCAUUUAAUCCUGAUCUUAAAGUUUUAUAUUUUUUAAACGGUAAUCUUUCAUAUGUACCAAAUUUUGAUAAUGCUAAUGAUUUAUUUGUAUUGGCAUCAUUAACAAAUAAUAGUAUUGGAGGAAAUCUCAAAAAACCUUGGAUUAAGAAAUAUUUAAGAAAUUUAGAUCUUUCAAAUAAUAAAAUAACAGGUACAAUAGAUGAUUCCUAUUGUUCAACACUAAUUAAAGUAACUAAUAAUUCAAUGAGUGGAAAUCUUCCAAAUUGUUAUGCUUGUAAUUUAAAAAUUAAUAGAUUUAGAGAUAGUUUCAUUGGUAAUAACUUUACGAAUAUUGAUUCUUUAAAUGAAACUUGUAAAAUUAUACCAAAUAUGAAAACUACAGAAAUUAAAGUUGAAAUUUCAGGAGAAAUUUUAAAUAUAACAAAACUAUUAAUUUUUGGACAAAAUAUUGGUUAUAGUGUAAUGGAUAAUAGUUAUUCAGAAACUUUUGAAUUAGAUCCUAGUAUUUCUUUAACAACAGAGAUUCAAAAUUCAUUAAUUGUUUCAUAUUUUUAUACAAAUACUAGAACAAUUUAUAAGAUGACAUAUCAAUCAAAUGGAGAGAUUUUUUAUUUAACACCAGAUCCAUAUCCACCAACACCAAUAAAUGUAACAACAAACAAUGGGUUAAUAACAAUUCAAGGUAUUUAUUUUUCAUAUAAUAUUUCAGUUAUAAGUAUAACAAUGAAUAAUGGAAAACAAAUUUGUAAUGUAGUUGAUGAUCCAACAUUUUUCACUAUCAAAUGUCAGUUAUCAGAAUUACCAAAUCCAUCAAAGAAUGUUUCAACUUUAUUAAAAGUGGAUGAAUUACAAACUUUAUUCUAUAUAGAUUUAGAUGAUACAAUUGUAAAUAAUUAUAAUAAAUGUUUAGAUUACUGUAAUAUUGAUAAUGGUAUUUGUGAUUAUUCAAAAGGUAUUUGUAAUUGUAAUUAUGGAUGGAUUGGUGAUAGUUGUUCAAUUCCAUUUUUUGAAUGUUUAAAUAAUUGUUCAAAUGUUGGAAUUUGUAAUACAACAAUAGGAGAAUGUAAUUGUAAUAGUGGUAGAGUAUUAAAUGAUUGUAGUGGUUAUGAAUGCUUAGAUCCAACAUGUGGUGGUGGUAAUAAACAUGGUCAAUGUAAUUAUUUAAAAGGUAUAUGUAAUUGUAAUUUAAAUUGGUUUGGUGAAAAUUGUACAAUACCAAAUCAUUAUGUUUCAUCAGUUGAACCAUCUACAACUUUAGGAGGAUUAGUAAAAUUAUUUGGAUGGUUUGGAGAUUUACAUGAUAGACUAUCAGUUAAAAUUGGUAAAUUAGAUUGUGAUUUAAUUUUACCAAUUACAAAUGAUACUAUUAAUUGUAAAAUUGGUUCAGGAAAUGGUAUUCAAAAUAUUACAAUAGUUCAAAAUGGUAUUACAUGGAUUGGAAUUAAUAAAUAUUUAUAUAUAAAUAAUGAUAUUAAACCAAGUUGUUUAAAUAAUUGUACAAAUUUAAAUCAAGGUAUUUGCAUUUCAAAUGGACACUGUCAAUGUUAUUCAAGUUGGACUGGUUUUGAUUGUAGUUCACCAAAAAAUAAUGGUGGUGGUGGAGAUUUACCAUCAACAAAUUCAACAAUAAAUAAUAAUGGUUCAACUACAUUUGAAAAUCAAAAAACAUCAUAUCAAGUAUUGGUUACAGAUUUAAUAGAAAUUGAUUUUAAUGGUAAUUUAAUUUCACAAUACCCACUAUUAAAUAAUUGGAUAGUUAAUAAUACCGAAAUAAAAAAUGGAAUUUCACAAUUUACUCAAUUAAUUAAUGAAACAAAUUGUAGAGUCAAUAUGACAAUCGAGGAAUUAACUAAAUCAAAAGAUAUUAAUUUUGCAGGAAUAGAUUUAAAAUUUGAUAAAGGUUCUAUAAAAGUAUCAAUAUCAAUUGAAAAUUAUAAUUAUAAAAAUAUUUUAAAUACAUUACAAUUAAGAAUGAAAUCAUUAGUUACAACAUUAAGCAAGGAAGAUGAUUGUAAUGAUCAAUCAACAGAAAUUAAUUCAAAUUUAGAAAAUACAAAUUUAUUAAAUUAUAUUUCAAUUAGUAAAGAUAAUAAAGUUUUAACAGGUAGAUUUUUAAAUAGAGUAAUAUCUGAUGGUAGAUCAACAAUAAUUACAACUUCUUUAAUUUCAAAUGAUAAUUCAUCAAUUGAAAUUGGUUUAAAUUUACCACAUUGUUCAAAUCAAUGUUUAAUUGAUCCUGACUUUUCAGUAUUAUUAUCAUCACAAUUUAAAUCUUGUGAUAAAAAUAAUAAAUUAAAAUCUUAUAUAAUACCAGUUUCUGUUAUUUGUGGUUUUAUUGGUAUUUCAUUAAUUUUAGGAGGUUCAUAUUUAAUUUAUAGAAAGAAAUUUAUUGAAAAAGAUUUAAAAAAAAAAUUAAAGAAUAUAGAAAUGCAAAAAAAUAAAUAA